AUGGCUGAUCCCAAUUCCACUUUUCUCAUCUCUCCAUAUAACUUGAGUUCAAAUGUUAAAAGCAAAGCCAGGACUUUAUCUGAAUACCACUGUGACUCAACACAAGUGUAUGUUUGUUCUCUUACAGGCUGUCACCUCGAGCUGUUCCUGAUGUUGCUUGGAUUGGAGUUCCACAUUUCAGUCUCUUGCCCCAAACACUGUGUGUGCUACCCUUCCCCGAUGACUGUCACUUGCCAGUCGCAUGGCUUCACCUCAAUCCCAGAAGGAAUUCCAGCCAACAGCGAGAGAAUUUUCCUCCAAAACAACAGGAUAACCCUUCUGUUGAGGAACGCUUUCAGCCCAUCCACAGUCACCCUUUGGUUAUAUUCCAACAACAUCACUUUCAUUGACCCAGAGGCCUUCCAUGGAUUCAGUCUCCUGGAGGAACUGGACCUGGGGGACAAUCGGCACCUGAGAUUCCUGGAUGCGGAGACUUUUGCUGGCUUGGAGAAGCUCCACGCUUUGCACCUCUACCGCUGUGGCUUGACAUUUCUGCCCAAUGGAAUCUUUGAAGGUCUUCAUAACUUGCAGUAUCUCUACCUACAGGACAACCAUAUAGAGUACCUUCAGGAUGACCUGUUUCUGGAGCUGGUGAACCUCACACAGCUCUUCCUGCACGGGAAUAAGUUGUUGAGUUUAUCCCAGAACACCUUCAGAGGUCUGGUCAACCUAGACCGCCUGUUGCUCCAUCAGAACCGGAUUCAUUGGGUGAACAAGCGAGCUUUCCAUGAUCUGCGUAGGCUUGACAUCUUAUACUUGUUCAAUAACAGCCUGAGCUCACUUCCUGGGGAAUGCUUGGCAGAGCUCGGAUCACUGCAGUACCUCAGGCUCAAUGGAAAUCCUUGGGAAUGUACCUGCAAAUCCCGAUCCUUGUGGGAAUGGCUGCAGAGGUUCCGGGGAACGAGCAGCAGCGUCAUCUGCGAGUCGCCCAGGGAUCUACAAGGGAUCGACUUGAAAGUCCUAUCUCCCCUGCUCUUCAAGAACUGCACGGCCUCGGAAUCACUCAACCAGAUUCGGACCCGGCAGCAGCACCCCCAUCAUGGGUUGGCACCGGGGCACUCCUCCCGGGGCCUGGCACCGGGACCGGAGCACGCCGCGACCGGCCGCAACGGCAGCGGUAGCCAGCGGGACGACGAGGCCAAGGACUACCCGGGUGAGGGUGCACCGAAGAAACCAGCGGAUGGGGCAUGGGGCAGCGAUUACCUGCCUGACCCUGGCCAGAGGCCGCAGACCAUUCGCCCGUUCCCGCCCAAGCGCAGGCCCCGUGUGAAGUGCACCCGCCGUACCCACUUGGAGCCCCCACCUGGGAUCCAGCAGCCGGCCGGGAAUGGCAGCUGCCCCUGCCCCAGGCUCAGGUGGCUCCCCCUGCUGGCGGCCCUGGUCCUGGUGGUACGUUGA